AUGGAGCGCCAAUACCUCACCUUAGCGCUGCUGCUGCUCGCGGUCACCAUCUCGACGUCCGCCGUGACCACAACGAAACACGGCACGCUCAUUAUCAGCAACGCCGACCGCAGCCUGACGGUCGACAAUUACACCAUCCACGGCAAGACCAUCGUCGACAACGAAACCAAAGCCAUCGUCAAGCCAAAGAAAAACCCCGACGGCUCGCUCACGGUGGAGGGCAAGUACACGUGGUACCCGAACGGGACCAUCGUCGCACCUGGUGUGACUAUAGCGGUCGCCGGUAAGGCCAGCUACGUGCAAAUCGCGAAGACGAAGCUGUUCGGCAUUGACGGCGUCGCCCGGGACGCCGCGACAAACAAUGUGAUCCCGUGGAUCGAGGACGACGCCGCGAAGACGUUCACUGCUGGCGACAUCACGGGCUGGUCGAACGGCACGUUCCUCGGUUCUAACGGCGUCGUGCUGCGAACGCGCCUCAGAUUCAAGCCAUCGAACGGCACCCGCGGCGGCGGGAGCACAGGCAGCCGCGUGCCCAUGUCCCCGACACCGUUAUUCUACAAUAUCUCUUACAUCACUUCCACUAUUCGUUUCCCAAGCACCCCCCCUGCAUCUCCUACUCCCUCCUCCCCUUCUGCCCCACCGCCACCACCUAAGCCUGCUGGUUCUCUCGCUUCACCAGUCACUGUCUUGGCCACUGCCAUUGCUGUUGCCCUCACCUCUCUGCUCUUUGCGUAG